AUGGCUGCACUUUCUUCCUCGCCGAAGACGCCGUUCUGCGUCCCCAGUCUUACCCGUGCCGGCUUCUUCACCCGCAGCUCCAAUAAAACAAUAAAAUGCUCUCUCGACUUCCCAUCUCGACUUGGUCCCCUCUUUUGGCCUUGGGAGAAGGUCAAAAUUGGUCCAUUAUCCGUUUCUCCCAUGGGAUUUGGAACAUGGGCUUGGGGUAAUCAGCUGCUGUGGGGAUAUCGAGAAGAAAUGGAUGCUUCUCUUCAAGAGACAUUCAAUUUGGCUGUUAGAAAUGGGAUCACAUUAUUUGAUACUGCGGAUUCUUAUGGAACCGGAAGAUUGAAUGGGCGGAGUGAAAUUCUUCUAGGAAAAUUCAUUCGCGAGUACAAAG